CUGGUCUGGGCCCCUCUGCUUUACAGCCUUGUUCCUUUUCAGCCCAUCGAAACCCAGGUUAGGGGGUCUCAGAAAAUGGGGGCAGGGGAGAUCCCUGUGGUUUUUGGCACAGUUGUUAAUUUCACUGGGAUUUUGAAUUUUCUGUCUGAACACAAAGCCUGUUCUAGUCCUAGCGGGACACUGGGGGGUGGGGGUGGGGGAGGAUGCUGUAAUGAAACUGGUUAGUGUUGUCUUAAUAUUGUUGACAAUUCUGUAAAGUUCCUUUUUAUGAAUAUUUCUGUUUAAGCUAUUUCACCUUUGUUUUGAAAUCCUUCCCUUUUAAGGAGAAAAUGUGACACUUGUGAAAAAGCUUGUAAGAAAGCCCCUCUUCCACAACCCCUUUUUUUUUCCUUUAAAUCUCCUUUAAAUGACAAAUCUAGGUAAUUAAGGUUGUGAAUUUUUAUUUUUUGCUUUGUUUUUAAUGAACAUUUGUCUUUCAGAAUAGGACUGUGUGAUGUUUAAAUGGCAAAAACAAAACAUGAUUUUGUGCAAUUAACAAAAGGCUACUGCAAACAAAAUAAAACGUUUCUUGAUAACACAACUGGAUCUUGGUGGUGGUCCGCGCCGGAAUACGGACACCGCGCUAUGUGAAGAAAAGAGGUGUAGGCCCGGGCCGAGGGUUUCUUCCCGGCCAACGGAACUAGCGGGCCGGUGGCGAGACCGGGCGGGAAUAGACUUCCCUGUCGGCCAAUCGCCGGGAGCAGCGAGAGCAAGCCGUCUCGCCGGCCAAUAGGUGAGUGCGAGCGAAGCUGGGCGCCCUAUCGGAGCCGGGAAGGGGCGGGACCAGCGGCCGCCGCGGGGCAGCCGGAGUGCUCGGCGCUGGUGCCGGCGGCGUCCAGGACCAGCCGGCGCGGGCGGGUUGAGGGCCCUUGCGGCGCAGGGGGCUGGGGGCGGGGCGGGAGCACGCGCAGCCAAUCGGCGGCGGGGGGUGGGCUGGGGCGCCGCCGGUGUUCCGAGCGACGAGCGACAAGCAGACCGCGGGCAGGUGACGGUCGCUGGGCAGCGAGCGGCGGCGAUGGCUACCGUGAUGGCAGCGACGGCGGCGGAGCGGGCGGUGCUGGAGGAGGAGUUUCGCUGGUUAUUGCACGAUGAGGUGCACGCCGUGCUAAGGCAGCUACAGGACAUCCUCAAGGAGGCCUCUCUUCGCUUCACUCUGCCGGGCUCAGGCACGGAGGGGCCCACGAAGCAGGAGAACUUCAUCCUGGGCAGCUGUGGCACAGACCAGGUGAAGGGCGUGCUGACGCUGCAAGGGGAUGCCCUGAGCCAGGCGGACGUGAACCUGAAGAUGCCCAGGAACAACCAGCUGCUGCACUUCGCCUUCCGGGAGGACAAGCAGUGGAAGCUGCAGCAGAUCCAAGAUGCCAGAAACCAUGUGAGCCAAGCCAUUUACCUUCUCGCCAACCGGGACGAGAACUACCAGUUCAGGACAGGAGCAGAGGUCCUCAAGCUGAUGGACGCAGUGAUGCUGCAGCUGACCAGAGCCCGAAACCGGCUCACCACCCCGGCCACCCUCACUCUGCCUGAGAUCGCUGCCAGCGGCCUCACGCGGAUGUUCGCCCCCGCCCUGCCCUCAGACCUGCUGGUCAAUUUCUACAUCAACCUCAACAAGCUCUGCCUCACCGUGUACCAGCUGCACGCCCUGCAGCCCAACUCCACCAAGAACUUCCGCCCGGCUGGAGGCGCUGUGCUCCACAGCCCCGGGGCCAUGUUUGAGUGGGGCGCACAGCGUCUGGAGGUGAGCCACGUGCACAAGGUGGAGUGUGUGAUCCCCUGGCUCAAUGACGCCCUGGUCUUCUUCACCGUCUCCCUGCAGCUCUGCCAGCAGCUCAAGGACAAGAUCUCCGUGUUCUCCAGCUACUGGAGCUACAGGCCCUUCUGAGCGGAGCGCCCAAGACCCGGGCCCCUGGGCAUGGCCCCCCGCCCAGGGGCCCCUGUCCCCCCACCGCCUCAGAGUGCCAGCCAGAGCCAGAGCUGUGCACCAUGGGCUAUUUAUUUCCCUCUUCACCCUGUCCUGCCUGUCACGUCUGCAUGGAUGGACCUGAACUCUGGGACGAAGGGAUAGUGGCUUGCGGUUUGUUUUGGAAUGGGGGGGGAGGGGUCAGGAAGGUGGGGCUGUGAGGUGGCCGAAGUCCCAGCCCUGCCCUCCGCAGAAGGCUGGAACCUUUGGACUCAGGGUAGGGCUGGCCCUCCUCCCUCCCUCCCCUCCCUGGGGCAGCUGAGGACGUUGAGGGGAGCCACACACGCCCCGCCCCUGGAGGGCGUGGCAUGGGUGGUGGCCCUAGGCUCUGUGUCAGGAGAGGGGGACAGAAGGCGCCCACCAUGAGCUGUGAUGCCCUUAUCUGUGUUCACUCCAUGACCCUGCUGGGGCCUCUGAGGAAUAAAGAUCAUCUGACUUUGCCUGGA